CCGAGAACAAAAGUGCAAGAUAUCAUAAGCCGAUGGCUCAAGGAUGGCCCAAGAACAUGGGCUUGAGUAUUCGACCAAGGACAUUGAUAUUCCAUUGUGGCUUGAAGACAUUACCAAGGAGAUGAAAGAGACUCACAUUAUAAAUAUAAACGACCCUAUUUCAAAAUAUGAAUUACCGAAUUCUAAAUUCGACAAUCAUAGAGUGAUACGACGUACGUCAUUAGACACCACAAUGGAUUUACUCCUGAAACCACAGAAACAACAAGUAGCACAUUCUGCUGGCACCUUGCGACACAACCACAAUAAUGGUUUUGCACAAAAUGGUAGACGGAAACCAACCAUUGGUAGUGGUGAAGUCGAUUGGGGUGAUUCUGCUAACGGUAUUUCGCAUGACUUCCUCUCUGACCUCCUUCCUCACUACGUGACACCGAGGCACCGACCUUUAGAUGCCAUUGACGAUGAUUUUAAUGACGUCAUCAUGGGUACACGGUUCUAUGAAAAUAAUAGAAAUUUCAGAAAAUCCGUUCCAAGAGAAUCGACUUUAAAUAUUCGUCAAAAUGAUAUCAAGAAACCUUUUCAAAAUGACUAUAAUCAGGCAAAGAAGCAGAAGUCUUUAGUUUCAAUCCAAGGAAAUGCUCAAAAAGAGAAACCGGAAACACAGUUUACUAUACCUGAGUUACCUAAAGGCAGAUUACUGGAAAUAAAAAUAUAUUCUAAUUGGGGUGAUAAGUUCUUCGUUGGGAUGAAUGGCAUCGAAAUGUUUAAUUCGAAAGGCAAUGCCGUUGUUAUAGAUAAGGUAUGGACGGAUUCGGACACGGGAGACCAGUCGCAGUGCGGUCGCGUGGAGAACGUCGUGGACGGAGUGGUUCGCACGCGCGACGACAAGCACGCGUGGAGCACCACUACUCUUCGAGACGUGCCUCUCGGACUUGCUCUGCUGCUGGGCAACUACACAGAGCUCGCUCUGCUGAGGAUCUGGAAUUACAAUAAAUCAAGAAUACAUUCAGCCCGCGGCGUCCGACUUGUUCAAAUAAAGUUUGACGAUCAAGUUAUUUUCCACGGUGAGAUCGCUCGCUCAAGUGGCGAAUUAAAAGGGCCUUUGCCGACUUUCGGUGAUACAAUUAUAUUUACAAAAGAUCCAAAAAUCCUCGAAUCGAUCAUGACCAAUGAUAAAAGUUUUCAAGCACUCUUAAGAGACAACGAACCAAUGAAUGAUUCCAAUGCUAUAGAAAAACGCCCCCCUACUGCCAACGAUAGCAAAAACAGUAUAAGUCCCACGAAAAAUGGUGAUUUCGAGGACGAUCAGCAAGAUUUUAAAUAUAUCGUGAAAAAGAUCAAAUUGACACUUCUCUCAAAUUGGGGAGGGAGGCAUUUGAUAGGCUUGACAGGAAUAGACAUACUUUGUUGCAACGAGUCCAUUAAAAUAGAUCGUGCUUACGCUUAUAUAUCCUUAAUCAAUGAAAAUCAAACAUCAGACUUCAGCAAGUAUAUGGACUGUACGAGUCUCUUCAACGGGAAUAAUAUAACAACAGAAUUUGACGACAUGUGGUGCACCAAUUUUGCAGCAGCGGAGUGUUGCCACAUCGUUAUUGAGUUUAAAAAACCGACUGAGAUUACGAGCUUUCGGAUCUGGAAUUAUAAUGCGAACAUGGAGCUUUCCUACAUCGGCGCUAAGCAUUUACGCGUAUCGCUCGAUGACGAAGCGCUGCACGAUCGUGACGUCAUGCUUCGCCGCGCGCCCGGAGACACCUGCUACGACUACGUGCAGCACCUCGACCUCGCGGCACUCGACCGCAGAUUUCAUAAUCAAUACAGUGCAGAACCGGCAAUAGACUGGCCGCUCUAUGAUAAUGUGGAGAUGGCGGUGCCCACCGGGUUUGUACUACAAAUAAGCAUCUACUCGACGUGGGGCGAUCCCUACUACGUGGGGCUGACGGGCGUCGAGCUGUACGACCCACAGGGUCGCUUGAUCGAAGUCACCGAAUCAAACGUGUGCGCGCAGCCGGCCAGCGUGAACGUGCUGGCGGGCAGCGCGCGCGACGUGCGCACGCCGGCGCGCCUCGUGGACGGACACAACGCGCGCGCCGACCGAGCGCAGCACUCGUGGCUCGCGCCGCUCCUGCCGCGCACGCUCAACCGGGUAUUUUUCGUAUUCGAUACUCCCGUCUCUAUCUACGGGAUGAAGAUAUGGAACUACGGCAAAACUCCAUCACGGGGCGUCAAAGAAUUUGGAGUGCUGCUGGACGACCUGCUGCUGUACACGGGCACGCUGCCGGUAGCGCGCGGGCCGCGCCUGGCGCCGCACUGCCUGUGUCUGUGCGACACGCUCGCGCCCAGCGCGUCGGAGACGAGCAGCGCCACGAGCGGCAGCGCGCGCGCCGACCCCGCGCGCCGCCCCGCCACCGCCGUCACCGACGCGGCCGAGCCCUGAUAUUUCGGACGGCGAACAUCGUUUUUUAUUUAGUUUACAUAAAUCGAUGUAACUGUCCUACCUAGUCGUAUCAGAAUGAAGUAUUCCUAAAAAAAUAUCGUUUGUAAUCCGAUUGAUUGGCUAAGUUGUACUUUGUACUUGAAAGUGCUAAUCAGAAAAAGAUUAAAAUAUUAGUUAAAUACAAUUUUCGAUGCGAUUGUCCCAACAUACGUAACGAAUGUGAUGUCGAAUUCUAAAUAGAUCUUAGUGGUAGUAUUCCUAGAUUUAAAUGUUAGUCGUAGUAUAAAAUAAAAACGAAAUCCCCGAACGAUAUAUAUAGUACCCAAACUAGCUAACGGUAACGAUCAUAACUUUAAUUACUUAACGCUAACAUCAUAUUAACAGCCCCGGAUUUAAGCCUAGCCCUAACCAACCACCCAGCGAAAAAUAAUAUAAUUUUACGCCAACCGCUUCGUCAUUCUCAAAUGACAAAUUGCCUAGGGACCUAGGGUCGCUAAGUCCGGGCUUGCAUGUUCAUGUUUUGAAAUUGAAAUAAUAAUAAUAAAUAACAUUUAAGUAGUUUAAAUUAGAAUCACAUAGACAGUAACUGUAGACUGCACUAAAGCCAAAUAUUAAACCAAGCAAUUGUUCAAGCAAUUUUUUUAUCUGUUGCCAAAAAUACCCCGGAAGUGUAUGCGUAAUGAUAUACCGAUUUAAAUUUACAGUUGUAUUUCAGUGUCGAUCGUAUAACUGUCAAUUGUAUUUUUUACCAAAUAUAAAUAAUUGUAUUAUU